AGUUUAAUGACUUUAUAAUUAAAAGGAUUUGGAUCCGAUAAGCUCUUUUUACUGAUAGAUUGAUCGAGUCCUUCCAUUUACCUCAAGAUCAGAACCCGUAAAUGAUGAUGAACGGGGUAACGGGGUAAUUUUUUUAUUAGUGAAAUACACACUUGUUGAUAUAUAUAUAUAUAUUUUUUCACAGCUGUCAUUAAUGACUAUUAUUCUAAUGGUACUGAUUUCACUUUAAAAAAUAUCUUAUAAAUAUUUUUAUUAAUGGGAUUUUAAAUGCGCUGGACAUAAUAGUGCCAAAUAAAAUUACGGAUAUAGGAAUAAACUUGUAGCCUAAUCUUUGUGUUUGUAGACAAGUACACAUGAGCGGAAUGAUCAAUUUUCAUUAGAGAAUAUGAAUGAGCGGAAUAAUUAAUUUUGUUAAUUAAUUUUCAUUAGACAAGUACACAUGAGCGGAAUAAUUAAUUUUGUUAAUUGUGAAAUAACACUAGUUAAUAUUUUUUUUUGGUCAUAUAUGUUAUUAUUGAUUUUAAGUCUAGUUAUAUAGUGCUAUUUUAAAAUAUGCCAAUUUUUAUUAACAAAGUUCCAAAUACACUGGACAUACAGUAGUGUAAAAAAAAAAUUCCGAUUGUAGGAGUGGAUUUGUAUUCUAGUUUUUAUAUUUACUAGGUGAGUGCACAUGAACAGAAUGAUCAAUAAUUGUAUGUUGUUGACCUAUAGGUUGUCGAAUUUUAUGCAUUAAAUAAAAUAAAAAAAAUAAAUAAUAAAUUGAAAAGUUUGAGGAGUGACUCAUCGUUGUAAGUUCUUGUAAGUUGUAACUUCCUUCAGUUAUCCUAUGCAAUCCUCGUCAAUUUCCCGCCAAACUAAGCUUAGUCUUCUCAAAGUUUUCAUAGAGAAUAAGAGCUUGAGAUUCGGGAAGUCCAUUCAUGCCCAACUGAUUAAAGCUCCAACCUUUGAUCUUAUCCAAACCAAUCACCUCAUAAAUCUCUACUCUAAAUGCGGUCACCCCGGUGUUGCCCGCAAAGUAUUCGAUUCAAUGCCUGAGAGAAAUGUUGUCUCUGGUAGCGCUCUUAUGGCUGGUUACUUGCAUAAUGGUAUGCCGUCACAAGCACUUCACUUGAUCAAAGAAAUGAGUUUUGAAGAGAAUUUUGAGCAUAUGAAUGAGUAUGUGUUUGCCACUGCAUUGGCUUCUUGCUCUGAAAUGCGAGCACUAGAGCAAGGCCUACAGUGUCAUGCUUAUGUAUUGAAGUCUGGAUUGGUGUUCCAUUCACAUGUCAGGAAUGCACUUCUGCAUAUGUAUUUUGAGUCUUUGAGCAUGGAAGAUGCUUUGAGGGUGUAUGAGUCUGUGCCCGGGUUUGAUGUGUUUGCUCUCAAUUCAAUGAUUAAUGGUUUUGUGGGGAGUGGGAGAUUGAGUGAUGCCAUAGACUUAGUGAGUGGUAUGAGUAAGGAAGUUGAAUUGUGGGAUCAUGUCACUUAUGUUGCGGUACUUGGCCUUUGUGCUGCUUCAAAGGACUUGCGGUUGGGGUGGCAAAUUCAUGAUCAGAUCUUAAGAAGAGGUAUUCAGUUUAAUGUCUUUGUUGGUAGUGGCAUAGUGGACAUGUAUGGGAAAUGUGGCGAUAUUGAAAGUGCUCGACGUGCUUUUGUUGAGUUAUCAGUGAAGAAUGUGGUCUCAUGGACUGCGGUCAUGGCUGCCUUUGCACAAAACGGGUUGUUUGAAGAGGCAUUGAAGUUAUUUCUAGAAAUGGGAAUAUAUGGAGUUCAGCCUAAUGAGUUCACUUAUGCAGUUCUGCUGAAUUCUUGUGCUGGUUUGUCUGCUUUGAAAAUUGGAGAUGCAUUCAAUGCCCAUGCAGAGAAAUCAGGAUAUAAAGCUCACAUGGUUGUUGGUAAUGCUUUGAUCAAUAUGUAUUCGAAGAGUGGGAGCAUUGAGGAUGCACGAAAUGCAUUUGGAGACAUGCGCCAACGGGACAUUAUCUCUUGGAACUCAAUAAUAACCGGUUAUUCACAUCAUGGACUUGGCGGGGAAGCAUUGGAAGCUUUCCAUGAUAUGUUGACUAAAGGAGAGGUUCCGACUUAUGUAACUUUUGUUGGUGUGCUUUUGGCUUGUGGCAAUUUGGGCUUAGUGGACGAUGGUCUUUAUUAUUUGAAAAUUUUCAUGAAGGAUCUGGGGAUACAACCUGGAGUAGAGCACUAUACUUGUAUGGUCAGGCUUCUGUGCAGAGCUGGACAACUUGAUAAAGCCGAGAAUUUUAUGACUUAUACAUGUACUGAGUGGGACAUCGUCGCAUGGAGGACUCUACUCAGUGCUUGCCAAGUUCACAAGUAUUACAAUCUUGGCAAGCGAGUUGCGGAGCACAUCCUUCAGCUGUAUCCCGAUGAUGUGGGAACAUAUAUAUUAGUAUCUAACAUGCAUGCAAAAGCAAACAGGUGGGAUGAAGUUGUGAAGAUUAGAAAAUUAAUGCGAGGAAGAGACAUCAAAAAAGAACCUGGUGUCAGUUGGAUACAGGUGCGGGGUGAGACCCAUGUUUUUGCUUCGGAAGACAAGAAACAUCCAUUUAUGAGUCAGAUCCAUGAUAAAGUUUCAGAACUAUUGAGUCAAAUAAAAUUAAUUGGUUAUGUUCCUAAUAUUGAUUGUGUUCUACAUGAUAUUGAGGAUGAACAGAAGGAGGAAUAUCUUGGCUAUCACAGUGAGAAGCUUGCAAUUGCUUUUGGGCUUAUUAGCACCCCAUCAGGGGCACCAAUUCAUGUGAUGAAGAACCUUAGGAUGUGUGAUGACUGCCACACUGCUGUUAAACUAAUUUCACUUGUCACAAGCAGGAAGGUUAUUAUCCGAGAUGCGAACCGCUUCCAUUGUUUUGAUAGUGGACUGUGUUCUUGUGAUGAUUACUGGUAAUUCAUGGAACUUUCAGGGAGUAAGUUAAAAAGGCAAGUGGCCUUCCAAUCUGGCAAUCCAUUUGGGCUUCUCUAGAGAUCUCUGCAAUUAAUAUGAUAGG